AUGGCAAAACUGCCACCGAAAUCCAAGAAAAGUAAAAUAAUAUGUCGAGAAGAAUUAUUGAACUUGGACAAAAGUGAUUUGGUUGAUAAGAUACUACAGUUAGAAGCACAUAAUGCACAACUGAAAAAUAUAAUUACCAAAAAUACGUCUGACGUUACUAAAAAUGAAUCUGAGAACAACAAAAGAAAAUUUGACUUUGCAAAAUGCUAUUAUCGCCAUGUCUUACUUCGAAUAUUGUACUUUGGAUGGGAUUACCAAGGGCUUGCUGUUCAAGAAGACUCAUCGCAAACAAUAGAGCAUCACUUGUUCCAUGCAUUAACAAAAUCAUGUUUGAUACAGAACAGGGAAAGAUCACAAUACCACAGAUGUGGUAGAACAGAUAAGGGAGUUAGUGCUUUCGGACAGGUGAUAUCUAUAUCUAUUAGAAGUAAACAUUCUCCAGAUGAUCAGCAUCAUCCAUCAUCAAUAUCUUCAGAGAUGCCGUACUGCAAGAUCCUGAACCGUCUGCUGCCCAAGGAGAUUAGAGUAGUGGCUUGGAUGCCAAUACCUGAGGAUGAAUCAGAAUACAGUGCAAGGUUUAGCUGUAAAACACGCCAAUAUAAAUAUUAUUUCCCGCGCUCUUCACUCGAUAUAAACUCGAUGAGAGUUGCUUGCGGCCAUCUUGUCGGCUCGCACGACUUCCGCCACUUAUGCAAGAUGGACGUCGGAAAUGGAGUCACUGAGUUCACGCGGAAUAUAUUUAAAGCUAAUGUGCUGCCUGUAGAAAAAGAAAUCGAAGAUCCUACAACAAUGUACUAUCUUCUGAUUGAAGGGAAUGCGUUUCUCUGGCAUCAAAUAAGGUGUAUAAUGGGUGUUCUAAUAUUGGUGGGGCGAGGAGACGAAAGCCCUGAUAUAGUUAAGGAAUUACUUGAUGUAGACAAGAUUCAGAGAAAACCACAAUAUAAUAUGGCGCUAGACACACCUCUCAACUUGUUCCAUGCCAGUUACGACUUAGAAAACGUUCAGGAAUGGGUGUAUGAAAGAGAUGAACUGAAGUCAGUGAUCGCUCAUCUGCAGAGCGAAUGGACUAUAUACAAUAUAAAGGCAACUAUGUUGAAGGAGUCUAUACAACAAUUAGAGAAAGAAUAUGCAAAGAUAUGUGCGAGCGAGAAGGAUGCUGAUAUCGAGCAGAGUGAAAAAGACAGAGUUGUAGCUUAUACUAAUUGUUUGUUGCAAGGGGUGCAGCCUAAGAAGAUGCCUAGGAAAUUGGUGUGUUGUGUUAUGGUUGUGUUACACGCAUUGUUAAAGUACGAACAGGACGCUAUUCUUUGUAAGAUUCUAGUGAACGAGAAAAGAUUCUCCAAGUGGUUACAAUGUCUUAGUGCUGUGUGUGAUACUGAAAAUUUGAAUACAGGCAGAAGUGUCAUUUGUAGCAAACACGUUGUACCAAGAUUCAUUACUCCAAAAUCACGACUCUUGGGUGGACAAAUGAAACUCCAAAAAAUAUGCUCCAUUAUAUUUGAUGAGAUGUCAUUAGAAACAGCACUUUCGUAUAAUAAAAGUAAAAAAUUGUGUAAAAAUAUGUCUGCAGCUUUGUCUUACACUGCAAAUUUCUCAACUUAUGUGGAUAGUAGGCCCGUCAGCACAACAUUAAGAAAUACAGCUGAAGUUGUUUCAUUCUUUGACCAAUUAUUUGAUAGUGUCCAUGGAGCAUCGAUAAACAAAAAAAAGCAUAAAGGAAAAGAGCAUCAUUCUUUCUGGCCAAAGGCAAUUGAAAUUUUAGAAAAACUUAAAUAA